UGAUCCCAUUGAAAGGAGGCAGAGCUUCCAGCAUUUCAAGUCCUGAUUUGCUGCCCCUCUCAGGGUCUGACAGUCCCUACAUUCCCCUAAAAAGGUUUCGCACUCCCCAGUCAGUCGACAAGGGGGUAUCACUUCUCAAGACAACCCCAGUAGGACCAGACCAGAGAGAGAGAAGAAAGGGGGACAGGAGGAGAGGAGAAAAAAAAAGAUCAGAAGGACCUGGGGGUUUGCAAAACAUACCAAAAAAAAAACCCAACCCAGAACAUAUCUAAUCCUGAAAAUACGUCCCAAAAACACAAACUAAUGGCUUUAUAAAGAUUGAAGUUCUGUUAGGGGUCUUUGCCCUAUCUUUGAAACCUUGUUGCAUUCCAAGAACUAAGUUGGAGACCCCCUAAAGUAGAAGAAUUGGCCCCCCACGGUGGAGGACCUAACGACCAUGGAUUCUCACAUACGAUGGAAAAGGAGAAAUUGGAUAAAAGACUGGUCCCUCCUUCUAGCAUUAUCCCUCUCUAUAUGUUCUCAGUGCCAUGCAGCUGAACCCGCAGAUAUCUUGAAGGUAUUAGAUUUUCACAAUUUGCCCGACGGUGUCACGAAGACAACGGGCUUUUGCGCCCACAGGAAGUCUUCCAAGGGACCAGAUGUGGCGUACCGGGUGUCUAAGGAUGCCCAGCUUAGCGCCCCUACCAAGCAACUGUUUCACGAUACCCCAUUUCCAGAAGAUUUCUCCAUUUUGGCCACUGUGAAACCCAAAAAGGGAAGCCAGUCCUUCUUGGUGUCCAUCUACAACGAGCAGGGGACCCAGCAGAUUGGAGUGGAGCUGGGCAGAUCCCCUUUGUUCCUUUAUGAAGAUGACAUGGGGAAGCCAGGACCCGAGGACUACCCUCUGUUUAGAGGCAUUAACUUGUCUGAUGGGAAAUGGCACCGAAUAGCAAUCAGCGUUCAGAAGAAGGAGGUAACGCUGAUCCUGGACUGUAAAAAGAAAAUCACCAGGGCUUUGGCCAGAAGCGACCAUCCCACCGUAGACACCAACGGCAUCGUCGUCUUCGGGACCAGGAUAUUGGACGAGGAAGUGUUUGAGGGAGAUAUCCAGCAGUUCCUCAUCGUAUCAGACGCACGAGCGGCCUUUGACUAUUGUGAACACUAUAGCCCUGACUGUGACACCGCUAUCCCAGAUGCCCCUCAGUCUCAGGACCCCAACUCAGAUGACUAUUAUCAAGAAGCAGUAGAAGGCGAAGGAGAGGGUUAUUACUAUGAAUAUCCAUACUAUGAAGACCAAGACGAAAAGGCCGUCACCAGCAAACCCGCCAGUGAAAAUGCAGAAGUUUUAAGGCCGGAGCCAGAAAUUGAAGAGGAGACACCCGCACCCACCGAAGCGCCCGCCGUUAUUGUUACGGAUGCCCCGGAAGUUGUGAUCAACAUUGAAAGUCAGACGGUGAACCCACCCGUCGAUGAGUACAACUAUGAAACUAUCCAAGAGGAGUAUUACACCCCAAGUUAUGAAGACGUUAACUAUCCAGAGGUAGAAGAGACAGACGGUACAGGCACCAGGGAGGAAGUCAGACCGGCCCCCGAAAGUACUGUCGCCACCGUCAGCGCAUCCAAUGGCACAUCGGUAAGCAGCUCGGGGGGAGCCCACAAGGAAGGUGACGCCAAUGGCGACUUCACAGAAGAGACUAUUGAGACCUAUGACAUAGAUUCCGAUAAACUCGAUUACUACGGCGUGGACGAUGACUUCAUCACAACGGGCAAUGGCGGUUCCUUGGAUGGCCUGCCAGCUGUACAGAACCCAGACAUUGAAAUACAUGGUGGCGCUCGGGGAGAGAAGGGACAGAAGGGAGAGCCGGCUAUUAUCGAACCAGGAAUGCUGAUUGAAGGCCCCCCAGGCCCAGAAGGUCCAGCUGGAUAUACCGGCCCACCAGGAACCACAGGACCUCCUGGUCCAGCUGGAGACCCCGGAGAAAGGGGACCCCCAGGAAGAGCAGGACUUCCAGGAGCUGAUGGAUUGCCAGGACCACCGGGGACAAUGUUGAUGUUGCCGUUCCGGUUCACCGGAGGUGGAGAUGGAAACUCUAAAGGUCCCCAAGUGUCUGCUCAGGAAUCCCAGGCGCAAGCGAUCCUUCAACAAGCCAGGCUUGCGCUGAGAGGACCCUCUGGUCCCAUGGGUCUUACAGGAAGACCAGGCCCAAUGGGUCCACCAGGUCCUUCAGGAUUGAAGGGAGAAUCUGGAGAUUUGGGACCACAGGGUCCACGUGGAACACAAGGUCCUCCAGGUCCAUCAGGAAAAGCAGGCCGAAGGGGCCGUGCAGGCAGCGAUGGUGCUCGUGGUAUGCCAGGUCAAACUGGACCUAAGGGUGACCGAGGAUUUGAUGGUUUAGCUGGCUUACCUGGAGAAAAGGGACAUCGGGGAGAAUCUGGCCCAUCUGGUCCUCCAGGUCCACCAGGAGAAGAUGGUGAAAGGGGCGAUGAUGGAGAAGUUGGACCAAGAGGAUUGCCCGGUGAGCCUGGACCACGUGGAUUGCUUGGACCCAAGGGACCUCCAGGCCCUCCCGGACCUCACGGUGUUGCUGGAAUGGAUGGACCAGUUGGCCCCAAGGGGAACGUGGGACCUCAAGGUGAACCCGGCCCUCCCGGCCAACAAGGAAACCCCGGCGCUCAAGGUCUCCCAGGCCCACAAGGAGCCAUCGGUCCCCCAGGAGAGAAGGGACCACUGGGAAAACCUGGACUCCCUGGCAUGCCUGGCGCUGAUGGCCCACCAGGUCACCCUGGUAAAGAAGGCCCCUCAGGAGAAAAAGGAAGCCAGGGCCCUUCAGGACCUCAAGGGCCAAUCGGAUACCCAGGACCACGUGGUGUAAAGGGAGCUGAUGGGAUCCGUGGCUUGAAAGGAACAAAGGGGGAAAAGGGUGAAGAUGGCUUUCCUGGAUUUAAGGGCGACAUGGGAACUAAAGGAGACAGAGGUGAAAUUGGUCCUCCUGGUCCCAGGGGUGAAGAUGGCCCAGAGGGUCCAAAGGGACGAGGUGGUCCUUCUGGAGAGAACGGUCCACUUGGCCCAGCUGGUGAAAAGGGAAAGCUCGGAGUGCCAGGUUUACCAGGAUACCCAGGAAGACAAGGUCCAAAGGGUUCCAUUGGAUUCCCAGGAUUUCCAGGAGCGAACGGAGAAAAAGGUGCAAGGGGUACCUCUGGGAAACCGGGUCCAAGGGGGCAACGAGGUCCAACGGGUCCACGUGGGGAAAGAGGUCCAAGGGGAACAACAGGAAAGCCAGGCCCCAAGGGUAACUCUGGAGGGGAUGGCCCAGCUGGUCCACCUGGUGAAAGGGGACCACCCGGACCUCAAGGACCCACAGGAUUUCCAGGACCGAAGGGCCCCCCUGGUCCGCCAGGGAAAGACGGAUUGCCCGGUCAUCCUGGACAGAGAGGUGAAACUGGUUUCCAAGGAAAGACAGGUCCGCCAGGACCCCCCGGUGUUGUCGGCCCUCAGGGUCCUACUGGAGAGACUGGUCCAAUGGGUGAGAGAGGACAUCCUGGCCCUCCAGGUCCUCCUGGUGAGCAAGGUUUGCCUGGUCUCGCCGGAAAAGAAGGUUCCAAGGGUGAUCCUGGUCCAGCAGGUCUCCCCGGUAAAGAUGGACCUCCAGGCCUGAGAGGAUUUCCUGGUGAGAGAGGUCUCCCCGGUCCGAUUGGCGCUCCUGGUUUGAAAGGCGGUGAAGGUCCUCCCGGACCACCAGGCCCAGCAGGCUCUCCUGGUGAACGAGGAGCUGCCGGCCCAGCAGGACCAAUUGGACUUCCCGGGCGACCAGGACCACAGGGGCCACCAGGACCUUCUGGGGAAAAGGGUGCACCAGGUGAAAAAGGACCCCAGGGACCUGCAGGUCGUGAUGGCAUCCAAGGUCCUGUGGGACUUCCCGGUCCAGCCGGACCAGUUGGACCACCAGGUGAAGACGGAGAUAAGGGUGAAAUAGGAGAACCUGGACAAAAAGGAAACCGAGGAGAGAAAGGAGAACAGGGUCCACCAGGACCAUCUGGACCCCAAGGUCCCAUUGGUCAACCUGGGCCAUCAGGUGCUGAUGGAGAACCAGGUCCCAGAGGACAACAAGGUCUUUUUGGUCAGAAAGGUGACGAAGGACCUAGAGGUUUCCCUGGACCACCAGGACCAGUUGGAUUACAGGGUUUACCUGGACCGGUUGGUGAAAAAGGAGAAACAGGAGAUGUUGGUCAAAUGGGUCCCCCUGGUCCACCAGGCCCUAGAGGCCCCUCUGGUCCCCCUGGAGCUGAUGGUCCACAAGGUCCCCCUGGUGGAAUUGGUAAUCCUGGCCCUGUGGGAGAGAAAGGAGAGCCUGGAGAAUCAGGAGAACCUGGACUUCCUGGAGAACUUGGUCCACCAGGUCCCAAAGGUGAAAGAGGUGAAAAGGGAGAGGCAGGUCUACAAGGUGCAGCAGGCCCACCUGGACCCAAGGGUCCUCCAGGAGAUGAUGGUCCAAAAGGCAGUCCCGGUCCUGUUGGAUUUCCUGGUGAUCCUGGUCCUCCUGGUGAGCCCGGACCUUCUGGUCAAGAUGGACCACCUGGUGACAAAGGAGAUGAUGGAGAAUCUGGUCAGCCUGGAUCGCCUGGUCCUACUGGAGAACCCGGCCCAUCAGGUCCACCUGGGAAGAGGGGACCUCCUGGCCCAGCAGGUCCUGAAGGAAGACAAGGAGAAAAGGGUGCCAAGGGUGAAUCAGGCUUAGAAGGUCCUCCUGGAAAGACAGGCCCAAUUGGUCCUCAGGGAGCUCCUGGAAAACCUGGCUCUGAAGGUCUAAGAGGAAUACCUGGGCCCGUAGGCGAACAAGGCCUUCCUGGUCCUUCCGGCCCUGAUGGACCAAGUGGGCCAAUGGGUCCACCGGGUUUGCCAGGACUUAAGGGAGAUUCUGGUCCAAAGGGUGAAAAGGGUCACCCCGGAUUGAUUGGUCUCAUCGGACCUCCAGGUGAACAAGGAGAAAAAGGAGACCGAGGCCUUCCUGGUCCACAGGGUACUCAAGGGUCUAAGGGAGACCAGGGUAUUGUUGGUCCAUCUGGCCCCUUCGGCCCUCCUGGUCCUCCUGGCUUACCGGGUGGUCCUGGACCUAAAGGUGCUAAAGGGUCAUCGGGUCCAACUGGUCCUAAGGGUGAAACUGGAGUUCCUGGCCCACCAGGUCCUCCUGGUCCACCUGGUGAAGUCAUACAGCCACUGCCUAUGCACUCCUCAAAGAGAAGCAAACGUAACAUCGAUGCUAGCCAAGUGGUCGACGACGGGAACGCAGACAACUACAUGGACUACGCAGACGGCAUGGAAGAGAUCUUUGGCUCUCUGAACUCUCUUAAACUGGAAAUCGAACAAAUGAAACACCCAUUGGGUACUCAGGGAAAUCCAGCCAGGACCUGCAAGGACUUACAGCUUUGUCAUCCAGACUUCCCAGAUGGUGAAUAUUGGAUCGAUCCCAAUCAAGGGUGCUCCAGAGACUCCUUCAAAGUUUACUGUAAUUUCACGGCCGGUGGAGAAUCCUGCAUCUUCCCCGACAAGAAGUCUGAAGGAACCAAACUGGCUCGUUGGCCCAAAGAGCUGCCUGGUUCAUGGUAUAGUCAUUACAAGCGGGGUUCGAUGCUGUCCUACGUGGACGCAGAGGGAAACCCCAUCGGUGUUGUCCAGAUGACUUUCCUGAGGCUCUUGAGUGCUUCUGUCAGCCAGAAUAUCACCUACAACUGCUACCAGUCGGUCGCAUGGCAUGAUGCCACCACCAACAGCUACGACAAGGCUAUCCGCUUCCUGGGGUCCAACGACGAAGAAAUGUCGUACGACAAUAAUCCGUACAUACGGGCUAUAAUGGAUGGAUGCGCAUCAAAGAAAGGUUAUCAAAAGACUAUUCUAGAACUCAACAGUCCCAAAGUGGAACAAGCUCCAAUUGUAGAUAUCAUGUUCAAUGAUUUCGGAGACGCAACGCAAAAAUUCGGCUUUGAGGUGGGACCAGUGUGUUUCGUGGGCUAAAAACUGCUCUCCAAAAUUAAAAAAAAAACAAACAAAAAUAUAUAUAUUUUUCUCUUUAAAAAAAAAAAAAAAGAGAAAAGAGGCCAAUAUCAUAACAGAACAUUACGUCUCCAAAUGAGCAACCUUGAAACCUCAUCGCAGUUUUUAAAUUUUUUUAACAUUUUUUUACACGCACGUUCUAAAACUGGGACGGUGAAGGGUUCAAACCCACAUUUUGUUUUUUUCGCCUCUGCGCCUGGACCAUCCAUUGUAUAAGGGAAAUUCGAAAAAAUUUGAAAUUCAAAAUUUGAAAUUUUUUUUUUAAAAAAAUGACAUUUAGAGACUUUGGAUCACAUGACCUAAACACCAACACUUGACAAUCACAUAACACGAAGCUUAUCCGCUCUCCCACCCGUAUGAAGCAAUACUCCCGCCAACACCAAGAAGACGGUCUCUAAUCCUCCGAAGAUCAAAGCAACUUUUAUUGGAGAUUCUUGACAUCAACUCGGAACAUUAAGGGACUUUUUUUUUCACAACAAUGUUUCCAAAUUAAUCAUGACAGUAUUUAAUAGGAAAGCACAGGGUGCAAAGGUAUGCAUCGGUGCGCCUGCUGUCCCUCUGUAUUAAAGGUGCUUAUAUUUUUGUAUGUUUGUAAGUAUUUGUAUUGUAUAUUAUUUUUUUUUAUUAUUUUAGUUUUUUUUUAUCAGCAAAAAAAAAAACAAGAAGAUUUCCUGGCUUUAAAAUUUGCAUGUGACCUAGUCUUAAAAUGAGCAGAAAUAUAAAGUAAAUUACUUUCAAUUUUACACCAAUGUGAAUUUUUUAAAAAAAUAACGCAAAUGUUUUGAAAGCUGCGGUACAGUCCCACUAACACACCACACUAUUAUUAUUAUUGUUUUUGUUUUUUUUUAAAGAAAUUAAUUUGAAAAGGUUUCAAAACGGUCUGUGUAAUGUAUUUUUAAUAUUGUAAAAGGAAGAGGGCAGACUUUUAUUGGGUUUUUUUUUUGUAAUGAAAUCGCUAAAUUUACAGAUUGGUAAUUACAGAGCUCAUUUUGUCAUCCUGUCGCUUUUUUUUUGGUUUGUUUUAAGAAGAUUUUGUCGACCCGCCCUCUGUCCUCGCAUUUCGCAGACAGAUAUUUCAAUAAUAACAGGAAACGUGUACUGUGUAAUUAAACCACUUUUAGCCUCAAA